UGCUUUCUUUCUUCUCAAUCUUUUCCUCUGUAGGGUGCCACUAUUUUGGAUCAACGUGUAUGUAUAACACGCUGGGGUCAGUACGAAGAUGAGUUUGAUUUUUGGAACAGGCCAUCUCGUGAGUUGGAGGAUGAAACAGAAUCAACUCCCCCUCAGAGAAGUCCAUUUGUUUCUGAUGCUGGAGAAGCACUUGCAAUGGCUCAGGAAGUUGUGAAGACCAUGCUGGCGAAGGGAUAUGUUCUGGGGAAAGAUACUCUAAGCCAGGCCAAAGAUUUUGAUGAGUCUCAUCAAGUUUCAGCAACUGCUGCUGCUAAAGUUUCUGAGCUGAAUCAGAAAAUCGGUCUCUCUGAUAAGAUUGGUGCUGGUGUGGAAGCCGUUAAAUCUGUGGAUGGAAAGUAUCACAUCUCAGAGACCACCAGAUCAGCAGUCUCAGCCACUGGAAGAGCUGCGGCAGCUGCUGCAACCACUGUGGUCAAUAGUAGCUACUUCUCUAAUGGAGCACUGUGGGUGUCAGAUGCUCUAAAUCGAGCAGCUAAAGCCACAGCUGACUUGGGUAGUCGUAAUGUGAACCAAUGAGACAUAGCAAACAUGGAUACUGGCUUUCAUUGUGUAUAUCAAUACCUCUUGGAAACUACGGCUAGUUGAUAGUUUUAUACUUUGUAGAGGUCAUAAAAGUUUCGUAUAAACUUGUUACUCGUCAAUCUGUGUUGAUUAUAUUCUCACGGAGAGCCAUUAUAGGUUCAUUAUAUGUUGUUUUUUUAGGGUAAGUUUUGUGUAUAUAUGCCUUUGAAAUUCUGUCUCCUGCCCUCUUUCCCAAUAUCCACGAAUUUGAAUUUGCU